AUCUGCGCCUGGCUCCUCUCUGUCGCGCGGCUAACGCCCCGGCCGGAGUUGUGCGAGUUGUCGAUCCCGCGUGCCGCGUCCGGGAGGAGCCGAUUUCUCUCUCUCUCUCUCUCUGGAGCGAGUUCCCCGUGGCAGCGCGCCCGUGAAAACAGGAAAUCGCGUGAGAGCCGUAUACGGCGAGAGAUGGGCACGUCCGCGUGAAAGGGUGCGCUGCACAAUCAUCCCGCUGAGGAUAGCCGGUGUUGCAGGGUCUGUACAUGCGGAAGAGAGAACGCGCACAACGCUAGAAGAAGAUGGGAGUCUACGUGACGGGUGUAAUUGGUGUGAUUCUCUUUUACAUUGCGGUGCUGGGCGUUGGUGUGUGGGCCGCCGCGUUUAAGAGAAGGAAGGCCGCGCAGGGCCAGAACGACAUGAUGCUGGCGAAUCGCUCCCUCAGCCCGCUACUCGGAGUCUUCACCCUCAUCGCGACGUGGGUCGGGGGUGCCUUCGUCAACGGGACCGCGGAGGCCAUGUUUACGAAGGGUUUGGCUUGGUGUCAAGUACCUAUCGGGUACAGCCUCAGUUUGCUCUUCGGUGCCAUGCUCUUCGUGCGCCCGAUGAGGAAGGCCGAGUACGUGACGAUGCUGGACCCCUUUCAGGAACGAUACGGCGCCGGUGUCGGGGGUUUGCUCUUCCUGCCGGCGUUAUGCGGCGAUUUGUUCUGGUGCGGCGCCGUUCUGAGGGCACUGGGAAGUUCGUUGGCCGUCGUCGCCGGCGUCGACCCGAACAUCAGCGUCUGCGCGUCCGCGCUCUUGGCGGCCAUAUACACCGUCUUCGGCGGGUUGUAUUCCGUGGCGUGCACGGACGCGCUGCAGCUGCUGUGCAUUUUUCUGGGUUUGGUGAUAGCGGCCCCGUUCUCCAUGGUUCAUUCAGCGGUGUCGUUCGAGCACAAUUUGGCCACCAAGGACUGGCUGGGGGAGAUCAAGAACGAGGAUUUGGGCGUGUGGGUGGACGGCAUGCUGUUGCUGGUGUUCGGCGGCAUUCCUUGGCAGGGUUAUUUCCAACGAAUCCUAAGUAUCAAGAGCACCUCCGUCGCGACGACUCUGUCAAUAACAUCGAUGCUCGGUUGCAUGAUACUCGCGAUACCGUCGAUGUUAAUUGGCGUGGUAGCUCGCGCCACCGAUUGGUCCGUGGUCCCGGGAUACAACAGGACGUUCUCCACGGACGACGGGAACGCCGCGUUGCCGAUGGUGCUGCGAUAUCUCACGCCUCAAUGGGUGUCCUUCGUCGGUCUCGGUGCGAUUUCGGCCGCGGUCAUGUCCUCGGCGGACUCCAGUAUUCUCGCCAGCAGUUCCAUGUUCACCAGAAACGUUUACAAACUCACGAUACGGCCGAAAGCGUCCGAACGCGAGCUGAAUUGGGUCCUGAGAUGUUCGGUAAUUGGCGUUUCCGUUCUGUCCACUCUCGUUGCUCUCACGGUCAACAGCGUUUAUUAUCUCUCAUACUUGUGCUCCGAUCUCGUCUACGUUGUUCUGUUCCCGCAAUUAUUAGCCGUCAUCCAUUGGCCCUCUAUGGUGGACACUUACGGUUGUUUGGCGGGAUAUUUUAUUGCUAUCACUCUACGUCUGGCCGGCGGCGAAAAAGGACUCGGCAUACGACCACUGCUCGAAUAUCCGUUCUACGAAGCGAAGACUCGCAGCCAAAAGUUUCCCUUUCGCACCGCGAUCAUGAUAAUCGCCCUUUUCACUCAGCUUUUCACCAGUUUCCUCACCAGAAAUCUUCUCGGCAAGGGUUACUUUCCGCAAUGCUGCGACGUGCUCAACAUCUACUCGCCCGGCAAAUCCAAGAACCCACCGGGCGUCGUGCAGAGCAGCUCCGGCGCCGCUCUCAUGGAUUCGUCCUCGAAAUCGACGUCAGGCAUAGAUUCGGUGGACGGUGUCGGCGCUUACGACGACGACAGGACCUGCAACGACGAGGACAUGGUGGACGGCGAUCCGGCGGGCGAUCACGAGACGAAGACGAAGAGCGUCACGAUGUCGGUCGCGCAACGCGCUAAUCACAAUCUGCAGAAUCUGCAGAAUCUGCGGACGCAGACGCCGGCACGUCAUCACAACACUCCGACGGUGAGCCAGUACACGCAGGUGCAGGGCGGUCAGAUCCUCGGUGUGCGAAAUCUGCGGGGUCAGAUACUCUCGCCCACUCGGUCGAUCGGCGUACCGGCGACGCCGAUCGCUCCCUGCGCGCCGUCCUACGCCAAGGUGGGCUGCGAGCUCGGGCCGAGCGAGAAGCCGCGGGAGGAACGGCCGGGACGGGAGGAGAGGAUCAGCAUCGUCGACAGGAGCAACACGGAGUACAACAAUCUGAACGUUCAGGAGAAUCCGCCAGCUAGUGUGGGUCCGAAGAAGUGCGUGAAGGGUGUGAAGCUGAUCGGCAUGGAGGGCGGCACGUUGCGAAGACCGUCGCUGCAGGUGAGCGACGACCAGCACGAAUCAUCGUUCUUUGGUUUGUGUGUCGCGUGUCCUCAGGGCACAUUCUCGCCGACGCCGUCGGUGGAACUGGUCAACAUCCUGGACAGGAGACAGAGCAGCGGCUCGUACGGUCCCGGUUCCCUGUCCCCCGUGCCGUCGAUGGGGGUGGAGGCGUGCAAGACCCACGGAACCGCGACUGACGGCCAAGGUGGGACCGAGCAUUGCAAGAUAAAGAGGGGCAUUGUGCGACAUCACAGCUUUAAUGACACGGGAGACAGAGCGGCGUUGACGACGCUCGCCCGACAGCCGAAUUAUCCGUCGAUGCCGUUGAGGCCGGAGGAUUGUCGCAUGACGUUGGCGAAGAAGGACAAGCGGCUGUCCACCAUCGGCAGGCAUUCGUCAGUGACGAAUGAAACGGAACUCGACAACACGAGCAGUAUGAUCGUCUGCAGUCCCACGUACAGCAUGUACAGCUCGGUCGCGAAGAGCUCCAAUUACUUCGUCACCGAUGACGAAGCCGUCAGCAGGUUCUAAAAGCGAACUGGACUUUUGGGCUCGUGAAAGCCUUUGAACUUCGCGGAGAUGAAGUUCUAAUUGGCAAUUGUUUUUUUUUUUUUUUUUUUUUUUUAAUUGUUUUCUGUUCAGUGAGAAAACACUUUAAUCGACGAAACAAACUAAACUUGUAAAAGAAAUUUCUUUCUGAAGACGAAAGUUAUCGUUUUGAUAUAAAUGAACUUUGACAAUUUUCUCAAUUAUCCGAUGAAUGUGGAAAUUCGUGUCGAGAUUCUUUUGCUUGACGAGCCCAAAAGCACUUUUCUUUUUUCUACUCUGAGGCACAAUGCAAUUGGGAAACACGAGACGACAAGGACAAUCAUAGAAAUCGCCCAGUUAUUCUCUCGGCUCGCUCAGUCAUCAUCAUUAUCAUUAUUGCACGACUCUGUUUGAAGGAUUACACAUAAAGAUUAUCGCACAAUGAUCGAUACGUAUCAAUUUCUACGUUAUGGACUUUCGCCACCAUAUGUUGUCGUAUCCCAAUUUUCAUUACAAGCAACAUAUUUAUUAAAAUGUUAAAAACUCUUGUUUCUUUUUUUACAAGAAACUGAUCUCUCUUUUUUGUUAUCAACUUCGAUUUUAUUUUCCAUCCCAAACAUUUUCACGUCAACGCGAGAUUAGACGUAGCGUUUUGUAUACUUGUUGGAACUCACAAUCUUCAGACUGAACAACAUUUGCAAUACACGUGGAACCAAUAAGACGAUAUAAACAAUUUUGUACAAAUUUGCAAAAAAAUCUCCUAUUUCGUAACAUUUUAUUCGAAUAGAUAAAAUCCGAUAUCUUCUGUUGUUUGUUUUUAAACCUCGGAUAAUUAUGAUAUUGUGAACGAUAUUAAAAAGUGGUUUUGUAAGCACAAAUUUUUCAUAGAAAACGUAGACAAAAACUUUUGGCGCAAGUUUAUAACGAUCUCAGAGACAAUUUUUAGAGAGAGAGAGAGAGAAAGCGAGAGAUUCUUACGGUAGUAACUUACGGAUUUUACGUAACGAGACGUCGAUUGUGUGCGUAUGCGCUGAGAGAGUGACAUAUUUACUGUUUCCCUAGUCUAGUUAGAGAGAGAAGAAGACGCGAAGUGAAGAAGAAAAGGAAGAAACGAAGCGAACUGUCCCAGUAAAACGCGACAUGUUCCACUGGUAAAAAAAAGUCAGCCCCUUUCUUUCAAUUUAAAAUUAAAAAAAAAAAAAAAAAUUGCCGGUAUCACUCGAUUUUAAAAUUUAUAAAAUUCACCUUUCUAAUUUGUAAGUUACGUUUCGCAAAUUAUUUAAAUAAAUACGAACAAGCGCACGAGAGUCGCGGGACGUGUGACUUGUCGCGACUGGGACAGUUAACUCGCAGCCUGUGUAAGGUGAGCGUGUAAUAUUGUAAAAGGAACAAGUGCGCUCCUGUGAGCUACGCCGCGGAACGGAGUUCAGAGCGUUGAUUAUAAAAAGCGGAAACGUCCAGAAAGAGAAAGAGAGAGUGUCACGUGCAAAAAAAAAAAACAAGAAAGUACGAUAUUUUUCCACCGACGCGAUAUAUCUAGUUAUAGCUCUGCGUAAUAUUAUAUUAUACUGUACAACUUAGCACGUAGUGUUAUACAAGAACGCGAACUUACAUUUAAUCAAUGUUAACUUAUUAGCGGGGAGCAGCUCCGAUCGCGCUCUCUUCGGGCUCAAUACUGUACAUCUAGAAAGAAUGAGUGAAAUGAAUGAUGAUUAUUCGGCGCGAUGAUCGCUUGUAUAUAUACACAUACGUGUACGUAAAUGAAGACACUUUUAUAACGCGAGGAAGAAUACAUUUCGUAGAUAGCGAAAAUAUCUUUUCUCCAUUAUCUGAACUAAACAAUAAGCGUAACAUGACGUGACUUUGUUUUCGACGUAUACAAAUGUCCGUUCGUUACACAUGUUAUUCUUUUAUUACACACACGUAAUGUUUUUUGUAAACCCUCUAAAACAAAAAGAAAAGAACGUCGCGUGUGAGAGCGAAAUCGUACAAACACGCGAUUAUUUCGAAAUGUUUCUAAAUAUGCGGCCACACUUGCUCUUCUCACCUCUCCGCUGUAAAUUAAAUCUUAGACACUAACGAUCUCGUUAUAUAUAUAUAUUUACCUGAAAUGAGUGAGAACUUCAUACUUAAAUAAAUUGCUCUUUAGAUUCUCGUACUUUUGUAAGACAAAUAUAUAUGUAUACAAAAAAAACAAAAAAAAACAAAAAAAAAACAAUUAGAACACGCGUUAGUAAAGAACAUCGAAAACCUGCAUCAGUAUUACAAUUAA